GUUUUGACAGCUCUGGCGGAAGAGGAGGAGCAGCUGUCGCGAGAGUUGGGGGCGCGCCGCCUAGUGAGCGCUUGUCAUUAUGGCGAGCCCGGGAAGCGAGGCGGAACGGGAGCCCCUCCUGGGCCCCGGCUGCCCCGGAAGCAGAGAAUGCGUGAUAGAAACCCAAGAACAUUACAAGAGUAGAUGGAGAUCUGUUAGGAUUCUCUACCUCACUAUGUUCCUCAGCAGUGUGGGUUUUUCAAUUGUGAUAAUGUCAAUCUGGCCAUAUCUUCAAAAGAUUGAUCAAACAGCUGAUGCAAGUUUUUUGGGCUGGGUUAUUGCUUCAUAUAGUCUUGGCCAAAUGGUAUCUUCACCUCUAUUUGGCUUAUGGUCUAAUUAUAGGCCAAGAAAAGAACCUCUUAUCGUCUCCAUCUUUAUUUCGGUGGCAGCCAACUGCCUAUACGCAUAUGUCCACGUGCCAGCUGCUCAUAAUAAAUACUACAUGUUGGUUGCUCGUGGACUGGUGGGAUUUGGAGCAGGAAAUGUGGCUGUUGUCCGAUCGUACAUUGCUGGUGCCACUUCCCUUCAGGAAAGAACAAGCGCCAUGGCCAACACAAGUACAUGUCAAGCGUUGGGAUUUAUUCUGGGUCCAGUGUUUCAGACUUGCUUUGCACUCGUUGGAGAAGAGGGUGUGACAUGGGACGCCAUCAAGCUGCAGAUCAACAUGUACACAGCACCGGUUUUACUCGGAGCCUUCCUUGGAGUUCUAAACAUGAUUCUGAUUCUUGUUACAUUAAGAGAGCAUCGCGUGGAUGACCUGGGACGGCAGUGUAAGAAUGUGAAUUGUCAAGAAGAAAAUACAGAUGAACUUCAGAUUCCUGAAGGAAGUAUUGAUCAUGUUGCUGUUGUGGCUACCAAUAUUCUGUUUUUUGUGGUUUUGUUUAUCUUUGCAGUUUUUGAAACAAUCCUCACUCCGUUAACUAUGGACAUGUAUGCCUGGACCCAGGAGCAGGCUGUGCUCUAUGAUGGAAUUAUCCUUGCUGCUUUUGGAGUUGAGGCAGUUCUUAUUUUCAUGGGAGUUAAAUUACUUUCCAAAAGGAUUGGCGAGCGUUCUAUUCUCCUGGGAGGCCUCGUGAUUAUAUGGGUCGGCUUCUUUAUCCUGUUACCCUGGGGAAACCAGUUUCCCAAAGUACAGUGGGAAGAUUUACACAAUAGCUCAAUCCCUAAUGCUACAUUUGGGGAAGUUAUUAUUAAUCUUUGGAAUUCUCCAAGAGAAGAUCACAGUGAACAGCCAGUUGGGUGCCCAGUUGAACAAGCCUGGUGCCUGUACACCCCGGUGAUCUAUCUGGCCCAGUUCCUGACAGCGUCUGUGCUAGUUGGAAUAGGCUAUCCAGCCUGCAAUGUCAUGUCCUAUACAUUAUAUUCAAAAGUUCUAGGACCCAAACCUCAGGGUAUAUACAUGGGCUGGUUAACCACUUCUGGAAGUGCAGCACGGAUUUUUGGGCCUGUGUUCAUCAGCCAUGUGUACACUUACUUGGGCCCACGAUGGGCAUUCAGCCUUGUGUGUGGAGUAGUGGUGCUCACCAUCUUGCUCAUAGGAGCCGUUUACAGAAGACUCAUUGCCUUUUCUGUCAGAUAUGGGAGGGUCCAGGAGUAAGCUGGCAGCCUGCUGGAUGCUUGCUGCCUAGGAACCCUGAGUGACUUAACUAUGAAAGGUAGGAUGUUAAGAACAUUCUGGAUCAUAACCUCCAUAUCAAAGGUGAACUGUUGCCGGCAGUGGUGGCGCACGCCUUUAAUCCCAGUACUUGGGAGGCAGAGGCAGGUGGAUCUCUGUGAGUUCGAGGCCAGCAUGGUCUACAGAGCAAGUUCCAGGACAGCCAGAGCUGUUACACAGAGAAACCCUGUUUCAAAAGACAAACAAACAAAAUAAGGUGAACUAUUUUUCAUAUCAUACCUUACUGGAGUCCCAUGAAUUAAAAAAUGAAUGAGUAACAGUUUGUAGGUAUGAACUACAGUCAGUGUAAACUGUAGAGGUCUCUCUAAAGCAACAGACUAUGCAGUGCAACUGGAGGGAAGUUCUUUACUGACCAAACACAUCAGAAUGAAACAUUAAAAAAAAAAAAAAAAAA